CGCGUCUUCCUGGUUGCCCGAGGUCGCGCACCACGCAGGGCCCGCGGGACACUCGCUGCGCUGGAGAGGAGGAGGCUGCACGCAUCGAGAGCAGCAUUGCCGCCGCCGAAGUCGCCCGGCUGCUCCUGUUCCCCGGCUCUUUCCCCUCUUCCGAGCUGCGGGCGUGCGGCCCAUGGCCGACACCAUCUUCGGCAGCGGCGCCGGCCACUGGGUCUGCCCCAACGACCGGCAGCUGGCCCUGCGCGCCAAGCUGCACACGGGCUGGUCCGUGCACACCUUCCAGACGGAGAAGCAGAGGAAGAUGCAGGCUCUGAGCGCGCAGGAGCGCGAGGCCAUCCUGGAAGUCAUCCGCAGGGCGGAGAGGCUGGACGUCAUUGAGCAGCAGCGCAUCGGGCGCCUGGUGGAGCGGCUGGAGAACAUGCGCAAGAACGCGAUGGGCAACGGGCUCUCACAGUGCCUGCUCUGCGGCGAGCUGCUCGGGCUGCUGGGCAGCACCGCGGUCUUCUGCCAGGACUGCAAAAAGAAAGUUUGCACCAAAUGUGGAAUAGAAACUGUUGGAAGCCAGAAACGUCCUCUGUGGUUGUGCAAGAUCUGCAGUGAGCAGAGAGAGGUUUGGAAGCGCUCGGGCGCCUGGUUCUACAAGGGGCUGCCCAAGUACCUGGUGCCGGCGCGGAGCAGCGAGCGGCCGAGCGGGGCGGCCGGGCCCCGCGGCGCCCGGGACGUCCCCUGCGCCAGCGGCCAAGCGGUGCCCAUAACCAUCCCUCUCCCGCCCGCCGUGUCCUCCGCAGCCGGUGGCAGCGACAGCGACAGCGACUCGGAGCGCAGCUCGUGCAGCCUGGAGGAGAAGCCCGCGGGCAGCGGCGCCCGGCACGCGGCACCCGCCCCUGGUUCCCCAGUGACGUCUCCGCUGUGUCCCGCAGCGCCGGCCGCCGGCCGCUCGCCCGUCCUCUCCGGGAGCCACUGCAGCCUGGCCAGCGAGGCCGGGAGCCGCCCGGCAGCCGAGGGCCGCGACGGCGACGGCGGAGCGCCCGGUGAGUCCUGGGUCUGGAUCCCCAGCGAGCCCCUUAGCCCCUCCUGUGCUGCCGGCUCCACGCUCCCUCUUCCCGGCUCCACUCCCAGCUCCCGGCAUGAGUAA